AUGUCAGUUCGCCUAACACCUCACGUACUGAGCGUUAUAGACUGGAGAAAGCCAAUGGAAGACCCGGCCAGGAAACAAUUCAUACCUCUUGGUUCUACAAGCCAGGAAGACCACCCCAAGCUUCGCCUGGAUUCCUUAUCGGAAAGAGACGAUUCUCCGACGCGGUUCCUGCCAAUACAGAAGAAAUGGGGGAAGAUGUUUGAGUAUAUUGAACGAACACCUUCGCUUCACGAUGUUAUGAUACCUGGAGGAGACACUUCCUCCCUCGAGCCAGCUCAAUUAGACAACAUAGACCACCGACUCCUUUCAUUUCCUCAUGUACAAAGGAUUCGUCUAGCUAGCAAAGGUCUUGCCGUUUGUCCCAGUCUUAUCCUUGAUGGAAUCGAUUCCUGGGCGAAAAGAGUAAUUCAGCCAUUGGACCCGGGAAGAAAUAUUGGAAAAAGUGUAGCUCUGCACACCCAAUUCAACCAUCCCAACGAGGUCACUUGGAUCACGUCGUCGGCUGCUCAGAAGUUUUUCGAAAUCGGAGUCACAGUGCGAAAUCAAACGGCCCCCCGCCCACCGACCGCGCCCUCCAAAAACCCCCACAAACCCGCCAAAGCCCCCAGCCGCAAGCGCGAAAAGCGCAUCUCCAAACACGCCACCCUCCUCUCCCGCAUCACCAAGCCCACCGCCGCUACGUCCAAAGUCACCAAACGGAGACGGCCGAGCAAGAAACUCGUUACGGGUCUGGACACUCUCGCCGACGCCCUGCCGAGAGCUACCGACGGUGACGGAGAAGAAGCAUGGGAAGGUAUCGUGGCCGAAGGAGGUGGCGAGGACGGGGCGAGGAAGAUCAAGCACAGAACCCUCAAGAGUAGACCCGGCGCCGGGAAGAAGAAGGAGAAGCUAGUGGCGAUGGAGCGGGAGCGGUUUGCGAGGAACUUGGCGCAGAUGGCGGCGGGGCGUGUUUCCGUUCCUGGUCCUGCGGACGCGGACGGAGGGGUGAUGAUUGUGGAUGGGAGGGAAGAGGGCGAGGGGACGAAGAAGGGGAGGGGGAGUGCGGAUCGGUGGGCUGCGAUUCGGGGGUUUAUAAGUCAGACGAUGGAACGGCGGGUCGGGGGAGAGGUUGGGGUGGGGGGAAAGAAGUGA